AUGAAACUAUUAAACAUCUUCACGAUCGCCACCGUGGCGUCGGCCAUGUCGUUACGACGGCAGGAGCCAAUAUCGCAUGUCGAGCCUGCAGACACAAUUUUCCACAUUGACCCGGAUCUGCUGCAACCACACUCGUCCUUCUCCCUGUCCGUCAAAGUGCCCAUUCCAGAGGGAGGCGCUCAUUACAACCGACUACAGCAGCGGUGGUAUGUGCACGCGGACCCCAAUGCCCGCAGAGAUGCAGAGAGCUUCUUCAAGAAACGCUCUAUAGGCCAUAUUGGAGAAGAUAUUGCAGCCCAUGGAGGGCUGGAGGGCUGGACAAGAGACCCCACAGACGUGUUCAAGUAUCUGAUGCGAAACGAUUCGUCCCCCAUCGAGGCUCCUUCCGGAUUCGAGGAGUACAAGCUGGUCUUGACUCCUUCUGACGUGGACAUGCUGGACAAAGCGCUGUCGUCUACUCCCUCUCUUCUCUACAAGGGAACCGCAUACAGAAAGCUCAAUGUGUACGAUCAGCAGACCGGUGACGUGGCUGCCUCUUACAGAAAGGUUGGCUGGGCUCGUAUCAUGGUCAAGAAGGUGCCUGAUGAAGAGCCCCAGGUAGAGGGUGCUUGGAUGGUGGACGACCCUACCGGGCUCGGCGUCCCUGGCACAGUCUACCACAUUUCCGAUCAGGAGUCAUUCCGGGCCAUGGCCAACGCCGAUCCCGACCAGUCAAAAGCCGAGAUGAAGCUCAUGAAGCGAGCGCUGGUCGACAAGCCCACUUCCAUGCUGGUGUGGAGAGAGUCCGAUGCCUACACCAAGGACCUGGAGUCGCCUACCGACUACUCAUUUGUCACCAAGGAGAUGACUAUCUUGUCCAAGCGACAGUCUGAUAUCGGAGGAGGAGGUUCUUCUUCAGGCCUGGCUCUUUCUUCCACCAUCGGAGACACUUCUGGAUGCCCCAACCACAAGCAGAUUGCACUAAUUGGCGCAGCUGCCGACUGUAACUACAUGAAGGACUUCAACUCAACUGAGUCUGUGCGAGCCAACAUUCUCGCCAACAUGAACACCAUCUCGCAGCUCUACGAGCAGUCGUUCAACAUUUCUCUUGGUCUCAAGGCUCUUGUUCUGGCCAAUUCCACCGACUGCCCCACCACUGCUGUUGAUUCAGCUCCUUGGAACUACGAGUGUACUGCAACUCAGCCCAACGCCAUUUCUGACCGUCUUUCUGCAUUUUCUCAAUGGAGAGGUGACCGAUCCAGCGACGGAAUUGCUGCCUGGACAUUGUUCACCGACUGUGCUCAGGGCUCCACUGUCGGACUGUCUUGGCUUGGUGUGCUUUGUGGUGCUCGAGCUUCUCAGCAGGGUAACACCUGGGUGGCUGGCACGAACGUGGUGGCCAAGACUUCUCUGGAAUGGAAAGUCUGGGCUCACGAGCUUGGUCAUAUCUUUGGGGCUGUCCACGAUUGCACUUCUCAGACUUGUUCUGACGGUACAGUCGACAAGAAUGACUGCUGUCCUAUGUCAACCUCUGCCUGCAACGCCAACGGACAGUGGAUCAUGAAUCCUGCUUCUGGCCAACAAGAAACUACCUUCUCCGAAUGUACCAAGGGUAAUAUUUGUGCCGGUAUUGGACGUAACUCACUUAACACUAGUUGUUUGAUUGACAACACUGGUGGUAUCAAGUUGCUGACCGAGAACGAGUGCGGUAAUGGUAUUGUCGAGGAGGGAGAGGACUGUGACUGUGGUGGAGAAGAGGGAUGCAGAGGCAACACCUGCUGCGAUCCCAAGACGUGCAAAUUCCGAACUGGAGCUGUUUGUGACGACGCCAACCAGGCCUGUUGUAACCAGUGCCAGUUUGCUCCCUCCACUCAGGAGUGUCGAUCUUCCAAGGGUCCCUGUGAUCCCGCCGAGUUCUGCACUGGUAACUCUUCUUCCUGCCCUCCUGAUCUCACUACCGAGAAUGGCAAAUCAUGCGAGGAUCCCUCCCGACCCGGAUUUGGAGGUCUUCAGUGCAUUGCUGGUCUGUGCACGUCUCGAGAUCUUCAGUGUUUCACUCUGAUGCAAAACAGAACCACCCUUGUCGGCAACACUCCUGCCAACGUCACCCAAGCGUGUGAUCAAGGCCGAUGUUCCAUUUCUUGCAGAGACCCCAACCUGCCCAAUGUGUGUUUCGGUUCGCAGUACAAUUUCCUUGACGGAACUCCCUGUGGUCGAGGCGGCAAGUGCCUACGAGGCCAGUGUUCGGGUAACACCAACGACUACUUUCGAUCGUGGUUUGACGACGCGGGUGGCUGGAUCAGCAGAAACACAGGUGCGUUUGUUGGUAUCAUUGUUGGUGUGGUUGGAGGUAUCAUUGUCUUGAUCCUCAUUGGAUGUUUCCGACGAUGGCGACACCGAAAGCGGGCCAUGCCUGUUUACCCCGUCAAGAACAACUACGCCCGACGAGCUCCUCCUCCUCCUCCGCCCAUGGGUGGCAACCGAGGACCUAUCGGAGGAGCUGGAGGAGCCAACAUGUAUCCUCCUCCUCCGCCCGCUCAGUAUCCUUUCAAAUACGAGUCGCGCCAGUCUCAGCAGUACCCCAGCCAAGACGUUUAUCCCCCCGCUGCUCCACCUCCUUCCUAUUCGAGACAGUGGUAA